AUGCCACGCAGCAUUCCAGUCAAAGUCGCCUGUCGUGUAUGUCAUGACCGACGAGUCAAAUGUGAUCGCAGUGAAGAUGUCCCGUGUUCCAACUGCCGGAAUGCCGGACGCCAAUGCGAGCUGAUUAUAUCUCGCCGUGGACGGAAACGAAAGCUUCCUCUUCUACCUAAUGAAGCAGGCCCAAGCAGGAGUCUUCCACAGACCUCUCGCAAUGUGCCGUAUGAAGGAGUGACGAGUCCAAACCCACCUCUGGCCACCCAUGCUCAGGACAAUGGAGAUAAGCCACAGCAAGAGCCAUGUUUCCCAGCUCUCGGACCAAGCGGCAAAACACCGUAUGUUGGAGAUUCUUCUAAUCUUAACUACCUGAUUCAACAAUUUGGAAAUCCUUUCGGGGGAACGACGGAUGUUCGUCCACUUCAAGACCAUCUCCAUGGGGCAAUGCUGGCCCGGUUGGGCGGACCGACGACGCAGGAGCUUGAAGGGCUCCGCAUAUCUACCAACGAAAGCCUUAACAGCCAAGGCGCAUUUGAUCUCCCGUCAAAAGAGACCAGUCAGGCCCUUCUCGACACUUACUUCAAUUUUUCACUUGCUGCACUGCCUAUUCUUGACCGGUCGAGAUUUCUUGUCUCUCUCCAGGAUGGCAAAUUCUCGCACUUGCUCUUGAAUGCUAUUUACGUCGCUGCUACUGUAUAUUGUUCGGAUUCUGUUAUUGCUGAUGCUGGAUUUGCGUCGCGAUACGCUGCAAGUCUCACCUUUUACCGGAGGGCUAAAUCUCUCUAUGAUGCUGGAUAUGAAACAGAUGCCAUCGUGACCAUUCAAGCUACAUUUCUUAUGUGCUAUUGGUGGAAUGGCCUUCUAGAACAUAAAGACCCUUGGUACUGGCUUGGUAUCUCUGUGGGAAUGGCACAGGCUUUAGGGUUGCAUCAAGCAAAGUCUUACAUCCGACUCGAAGAGCAAGAUCGAAAAUCAUGGCGGAGAUUGUGGUGGAUGAUAUAUGCCAUGGACAUACAUCUGUCUAUGCUUCUCGAUCGUCCCCCACACGUACAAGGAAGACUUUGCAAUGUCCCCCCUCUGUCGGAAGCAGAUUUCGAACAAGCCGAGUCUGAAGAGACAGAACUUUCCCGAGAAGGUCUCAACGAGGCAAAUGCCUUCGCGAUAAAUGCCAUGCAACUAGCUCGGACAGGUUCGACAUCCCACAUUAUCCUGUCCCGAAAUGCAACCUCCUUGCUAACGAAUAUCACAGUGGAUCCCUACUUCACUCUUAAAUUCGACGGAGAUACCGGUCACGCACAAGAUAUCUGCCUAGAGCAAAUUGCCUUGUGGUCUUCAUCCCUUCCCGCAGAAUUCAAAUCCCUAUCAACAAAUAGUAGCAAGUGGGCUAUAUUGACUCAUAUAUUACACCAGGAAUACCAACUAGUUCUACACCGAAACAACCCAAGAUUCUCCCUCAAUACCGGUCCAGACACCCCGACCUUCGAGACAUGCACGGAAAUCUCCCACAUGCUCGAGAUCCUCAUGGCAAAGGAUCUUCUAUACCCAGCCGCAGGAAGCAUAGUCGCCCCCGUGCUGUCCGUGCUCUCGGUCUACAUAGCCUACAUCCACAGAGGAGAUACCGGUGUCCGAAUGAUCUCACAACAUCGCGCGCAGUUCUGCAUGCUGAUACUUGAAAAAUUGCAAGAUCGGUUCCCCGUUGUUGCGGCUUUCUAUCCGAUUUUUGAGUCGUUGCUUAGGCGAGGCUCUGCUGCUGUGCAGAUCCAGGAUGGUGCGGGGGUACCAGAGCGUCUGGUAACAGGAUCCUCGAUGGGAAUUGGUCGUCAAGUUGAUGAAAGUGAUAUUGGUAGUACGAACACUACUGGGGGAUUGUUUGAUCAAGCUUCGCAAGAUGGGAUGGGAAUGGUGUUUCCUUUCUCGUUUCCUUUUGGGAAUCUUUUUGAAGAUGUGUUUUUGAACUCGCAUUCUCAGACUACAGCUUAUUCUGAAGAUCAUUUGUCCUACCCUGAAUAA